GGCGCGGUGACGCAGCGCGACGGCGGCGGCGGCGGCGGCGGCGGCGGCUGUCGGUGCGGGAGGAGGGAGGGAGCUCGCGGGCAGGACAGGGGGCGACGGCGGCGGCGGUGGCCUGAGGAGGCCCGAGCGGCGGCGGCGGAGGCGAAGGCUGAGGCGGAGACUGAAGAGGUGUGGCUGGACCAAGACCUCCCCCCAUGUGAGCAGGCUUCCUCCUCCCCCAACAACAGUUGCCACCACGCCCAGAAACGUCCUUAAGCCCUGGCCCUCAGGGGAAAGGUAACAGGAGGCCAGAGCCGGGACCAUGUGACGGCGCUGGCCUUUGCCACCGCCGUCCCCCCACCCUGGCCCCAGGCCCGGCACCAUGAUGUUCCGAGACCAGGUGGGCAUCCUCGCUGGCUGGUUCAAGGGCUGGAAUGAGUGUGAGCAGACAGUGGCCCUGCUGUCACUUCUGAAACGGGUCACUCGUACCCAGGCCCGCUUCCUGCAGCUCUGCCUAGAGCAUUCACUGGCGGACUGCAAUGACAUCCACCUGCUGGAGUCGGAGGCCAACAGUGCUGCCAUCGUCAGCCAGUGGCAGCAGGAGUCCAAAGAGAAGGUGGUAUCCCUCCUGCUGACCCACCUUCCCCUGCUUCAGCCAGGCAACACAGAGGCCAAGUCAGAGUACAUGAGGCUACUGCAGAAAGUGCUGGCCUACUCAAUCGAGAGCAAUGCCUUCAUCGAGGAGAGCCGCCAGCUGCUUUCCUAUGCCCUCAUCCACCCAGCCACCACACUGGAGGACCGCAACGCACUGGCCCUCUGGCUGAGCCACCUGGAAGAACGGCUGGCUAGUGGCUUCCGCUCCCGGCCAGAGCCCUCCUACCAUUCGCGCCAAGGCUCAGAUGAGUGGGGGGGCCCUGCAGAGCUGGGCCCUGGGGAGGCAGGGCCAGGCUGGCAGGACAAGCCACCCCGGGAAAAUGGACACGUGCCCUUCCACCCGUCCAGCUCAGUGCCGCCAGCCAUCAACAGUAUUGGGAGCAACACAAACACAGGUCUCCCCUGCCAAAUCCACCCUAGCCCGCUGAAGCGCUCCAUGUCACUCAUCCCUACAAGCCCCCAGGCCCCUGGUGAGUGGCCAAGUCCAGAGGAGCUUGGGGCCCGGGCUGCUUUUACCACGCCCGAUCACGCACCCCUGUCACCCCAGAGCAGCGUGGCCUCCUCUGGCAGUGAGCAGACAGAGGAGCAGGGCUCCAGCCGGAACACUUUCCAGGAGGAUGGAAGUGGCAUGAAAGAUGUGCCCUCAUGGCUCAAGAGCCUCCGCUUGCACAAGUAUGCAGCCCUCUUCUCACAGAUGAGCUACGAGGAGAUGAUGACACUGACUGAGCAGCACCUGGAGUCUCAGAACGUCACCAAAGGUGCCCGCCACAAGAUAGCCCUGAGCAUCCAGAAACUACGUGAGAGACAGAGUGUCCUCAAGUCCCUAGAGAAGGAUGUGCUAGAAGGUGGGAACCUACGAAACGCUCUGCAGGAGCUACAGCAGAUCAUCAUCACUCCUAUCAAGGCCUACAGUGUCCUCCAGGCCACCGUGGCUGCUGCCGCCACCACCCCUACUGCCAAGGAUGGGACCCCAGGGGAGCCACCGCUGCCAGGUGCUGAGCCUCCUUUAGCCCACCCCGUCACAGACAAGGGCACUGAGGCCAAGGACCCUCCACCUGCGGAGAACUACCCACCUCUACCAGCUCCAGCUCCCACUGAUGGCAGUGAGCCUGCUCCGGCCCCCGUCGCUGACGGAGACAUCCCCAGCCAGUUUACACGGGUGAUGGGUAAAGUGUGCACCCAGCUGCUGGUGUCCCGACCAGACGAAGAGAACAUCACCAGUUACCUCCAGCUCAUCGAAAAGUGCCUGACUCAUGAGGCUUUCACGGAGACGCAGAAGAAACGGCUGCUAUCCUGGAAACAGCAAGUGCUGAAGCUCCUCCGGACAUUCCCGCGCAAAGCCGCACUAGAGAUGCAGAACUACCGGCAGCAGAAAGGCUGGGCUUUUGGCUCCAACUCGCUCCCCAUAGCUGGCUCUGUGGGGAUGGGAGUGGCCCGGCGUACCCAGCGGCAGUUCCCAAUGCCUCCCCGGGCCCUCCCACCCGGCCGGAUGGGCCUCCUGAGCCCCUCAGGCAUUGGGGGUGUCUCCCCUCGACAUGCCCUCACCAGCCCCAGCCUUGGAGGCCAGGGCCGACAGAACCUGUGGUUUGCCAACCCUGGAGGCAGCAACAGCAUGCCCAGUCAGAGCCGCAGCUCUGUGCAGCGCACCCACUCGCUCCCGGUCCACUCGUCACCCCAGGCCAUUCUCAUGUUCCCUCCAGACUGCCCGGUCCCUGGGCCUGACCUGGAGAUCAAUCCCACUCUGGAGUCUCUGUGUCUGAGCAUGACAGAACACGCCUUGGGUGAUGGGACAGACAAAACCUCCACCAUCUGACAGGACCCACAGCCCAGCGCACCCAUAGGCUCCCUGGGCGGCGGGCGGGGGCCAACCCCCAACGGGCUUCUCCGCAACAGCGAGAGGGUGGGCUGGCUCAGCUAUCUAUUCUAAUAUUUUUCUACUCUCUCACCCUUUUAACUUUUGUUUAACAUUGGCACAUGCCUUGCUCACUCCCAGGCCCGUCGAGGGAUCUUUGCUGAGGCCCGGGGAGUUGGGGGCAGUCAGGAUAAAGGGGCAGGGACUGGCCAGACUGCCUGCCUCUCUCCUUCCCUUCCUCAUCCCCACCUGGCCCCAUCCCACCCCUGCCUCCUCCAGACCGCUGACCACCUGCCUCUCCCCAAGGGAGCAGACUCCCCAGAGACAGACUGACCCACUACCUUGUGGAGCCUGCUCAGAAACAUUUGACAUUUGGGGCGACAUGAGCAGGGCAGAGAACCUGCCCUCCAGAAUGUUAUUCAGAGGAGCUGGGGAGAAAGAAGGGGAGCAAGGAGAGGAAGCCCUCUCUUGUCUCCACCUUCUUCCCCUUCACCAUUCCCCACAUUCUCCCAGGACAGGAGCCACCUUCCUCUCUCACCUCCCCUGGCCCUGUUCACGAGAGGUUCUCUAUGAUUAAUUUCUUAGGCCUAUUUAAGAUACAUAUUUAUAUAGUU